AGUGGAUGGAAGUUAACCGUAUGGAUAGUAAUAACACGAGUGAAACUGUAAUGUUGGCGUAUUUUCAAGAGAUGGUAUCUAUUUAUUCUUUUAGUCUAAUAUGUGAAUUGGUUUAUUUUUCUUACAGUCUGAAUUGUAUAGUCCUAAUUCGCUGUGGACUAAGUGGUCAAUGCUAAAAUUGAUGAUGAGAAUACAUGAUAACAUAGAUGGAAGUAAAUUUCACGAAUUGGAAGCGUUUCUCAAACGCAAAAGUAAAUGCUAUGAGCCAAAAAAGUCUCAAGUGUUUAGUCGGGAAGAUAUUGUCAAAUUUUUGAAGAAUGCGUCUGAUCAAGAAUACUUACUUCAUAAGGUAGUUUUGAUUAUGGGUUAUUUCGGGGGCUGUAGAUGUCAAGAACUUUUGAAUAUGAAAAUUAAUCACAUCGAAGAUAGGGGCUCUGUUAUGGUGGUUGACAUUCCGGAAAGUAAAACAGAUAUUCGUGAGAGAUUUACUUUUGUGGAAGAAAACGAGUUCUCUGCAUUGAGUCUAGUGAGGAAGUAUAUGCUUCUACGUAGCUCAGUUCAACCGGUUGGAAAAAAUACAUUCGAGAAAAUUACAAGCAAAAUUACUAGUUUUUUGGAAUUGCCGAAUCCAGAAACAUUCACAGGACAUUGUCUGCGAAGGACUUCUGCGACUGCCUUGGUCAAUGCAGGAGCAAAUAUGACAACAUUGAAGAGACAUGGUGGAUGGCGAAGUUCAACGGUGGCAGAAGGGUAUUUGGCCGACAGCAUGGGAUUGAAAACAAAACUGCAAGAAUGUUAGCUGGCAUGUCAG